UUUAAUUGUCACCACGACAUACGAGAAAAAUGCACAGAGAGGAAGUCGGUUGUGGAAACGCUAUCUUUCUCGCAUAGGGUACUGACGGUGCGCCUGCGUUUUAACUUUACUUUUGUACUUAUAUACACUUAUAUAUUUUCAAACUCGCGCUCAGGUGUGACUCAAAACGUAACUGCAAGACUUCAGACGAACACUUAAGUCCAGUUUAGACACGCAUAAGUCAGCGUUUGUGCUUGGUUGCUAUUCCACAUCAUCAAGUUCUGUAAUGGCGGCGUUUUGAGUCAACGAGAGAGGGCGCCUAGCAGCCCUCUCAACCAAUCAGAGCCGAAGAGAUGGGGAAUUCAACAAUAUGGCGGCAUUUAACCAUUGUCAAGUAGUACUCCUUGUUUAUUUCAUGCACCGCUUGUACUAGUCUAUUCUUCGCUUUAUGUCCUCGACCGAGGUCUCACUGUUACAUUUUGAAUAUAGCAGAAGCAACUAGGUUAAUCUUUGACGUUACUCAAGUGCGACAUUACGAUUCACCAUUUGUUACUUUUUCAUCUUUUUCGUGUUAUAAGAAACAGCUUCUUUUUAAAAAGUAAUUUUCAUCGCUGUUAGCACCUCAGCUCAUGUCGGAAGUGAAAUGGCGUAUAGCACACCGCUCCACCUGAUCCGCCACCUAAACAUUUCUCAUCUAGUCGUUCCGCGGGCUUCCUUUAAUUCCUAUGGGCAGCUAGCGUACGCAACCACAUCGACGGCACUCGUAUCGGGCUCCAUGGCCGAGCGCACCAAGUUCACCUCGUACUGCCUGUUCUCGGCUCUGGCCACGGUGCUGUACUGCGUGCCGGCCGGGUGGCUCUGGAAUCAGGGCGGCUUCCUGGCGCGCAUGGGCGCCGUCGACAUCGGCGGAUCGGGAGUGGUGCACCUGCUUGGCGGGUGCGUGGGUCUGGUCGCCGCCGUCGUGCUCGGGCCACGGCUGGGACGCUAUGACUCCGGCACGGCGCCGCUGCCCCUGGGCAACCCCACCAACGCGUUGCUGGGACUUUUCAUGCUCUGGUGGGGAUGGCUUGGAUUUAGCGCUGGAAGCACUAUGGGAAUCGUGCGAAACAAGUGGAAAUACUCCGCGAGGGCCUCAGUGACGACUAUCCUGGCGUCAAUGACCGGUGGCUUCGUGGGAAUGGCAAUGAGUUUCAUCUUGAAGAAAGGUCAGCAUGACGUCUCGUGGCUCAUGAACACCGUCAUGGGAUCGCUUGUGGCUAUCUCAGGCGGCGCGCCCAUCUUCCGUCCCUGGGCCGCGUUGGUGGUGGGCGCCGUGGCGGCCCUGCUGGUGCUGGCGGCCAUCCCGCUGCUGGACCGGCUGCACGUGGACGACCCGACUGAGACGUUCGCCGCGCACGGCGUCUGCGGCCUCUGGGGGCUCCUCGCCAUCGGCCUGUUCCCCGAACGCGACACGCUCAUGGACUACACGCACGGCCGGUCCGGACUGCUGGCCGCCGGCGGGGACGCCAGCCUGCUCGCCGUGCAAGCGGUGGCCGCCGCUUGCAUCAUCGCCUGGGCCAUCGGUGCCUCGACCGUGCUGCUGCUUCUGAUCAAGUACACGAUCGGACUGCGCAUGACUGCAGAACAGGAAAUCCUGGGUCCUGACCUCGUGGACCACGACAUUGAGCACGACUACAACUCGCCUUUUCUUCGCGCCCUGCAGGAACACUACCGAGCCGGUCGCAAGUUGAAAGCCCUGAAAAUUAAAGUUGACAUUCUUAGAGAAUAAAAA